AUGCCUUCUCUUGCAAGCAUCAUCACUUUUGUAAUUUUUAUUCCAUUUGCAGUAUCUGAUCUAUCCGUUAAGCUUAAUGUUACCCGCGAAAUAAAGCUUUCUCCGCCGGCUAGCCCUAGGCCUGGGAAGCAGAUUGUGGAUGCAGCAUAUCAAUCAUUUUCCAUCGAGUUUUCGUUCAUGGCAGAUUAUGCCGGAAAUGAUACGCAAGUGAUUCAAAACUUGUACGACAUAUCGGGCGCAUAUCCGAUCUUCCGUGUGGGCGGCAGCACCCAAAGCUCUGCCAUAUAUUAUCCGAAUCAAACCGAAGCUAUAAUCGACCCAUUUAGCUCUGUCGCUUCUGACCAGCCAUCGCAUACGCUCGUUGGCCCUUCUUGGUUUCAAUCUUUCAGACAAUUUCCCAGUGGCACCCAAUACAUAUAUGGCCUCAAUUUCUUCAAUACGGUAAACGAGACAUAUUACAAUAUUGGGAAUGGCCUUGAUCAAUGUGUACUCGAGGCAAACGCUGCCUACGAGACCAUGGGCAACUCAUUAUAUGCGUUCGAGAUUGGAAAUGAGGUAGAUAGCUGGGGAAAUGGUAAGCAUAGAGACGGGAAUUGGACGGUCCAACGCUACGUGAACCAAUGGAACGAAUUUGCGUCGGCUAUCAGUCGGAACUUGACUGGUAAGGACGCAACGAGAUUGUUCCAAGGAUGUGCAUUUGAGGCACCUCGCCAUCUCGACGAAAGGACGGACUGGAAUGUUGAAAAUGCGGAGCUAGAUGGUAUGGGCCCAGACAAGACAAAGACGGUUUCUGACCACGAGUAUAUGGGUGCUAACUGCCACUAUACGGGUGCUGGGCCAACAAUCGAAGACACCCUUUUCGAUCGCACCAACAUGCUCUCUCGUGUUUGGUACCAUGACUAUCUGGGCAAUGCGACAGCGAGUUCAGGUAUCAAAUAUGUUAUCGGUGAGACCAACUCUAUUUCUUGCCAGGGCGCGUUCAAUAUCUCAGAUGUUAUGGCAUCUGCUGUUUGGGCCAUCGACUAUGUCAUGUAUCUUUCUUCACUCAAGGUAUCCCGUGUUCAUUUUCACAUGGGAACACGCUAUCGCUACUCACCCUGGCAGCCUAUCCUCUACAACGACAGUGCUCCUCACGUCAACCCAAUGUACUAUGGGAAUCUUUUCAACGCUGCUGUGUUUGCAGGCGGGAACAAGCAGACGGAAGUUCUUGUCAACGAAACGAACUUCGGUGCAUAUGCGGUCUACAAAGCGGGAAGUCUUGAUGCUAUUGUGGCGGUCAAUCUCAACAUCUGGAACUCAACAUCUGAUCCUGUCGCUAGGCCUUACACAGAGCUAGCCCUUACAGAUGAGUGGGAAGAUGCAAAGGUUUCUAGGCUGACAAGUCCUGGUGUGGAUAUCGCUGAUAAUAUUACAUUUGCUGGCCAAUAUGUUGAUGAGAAUGCCCGGAUUGUUGGACCAAAGACAUAUGAUACAGUGACUGAUGGCAAGGUCCUACUCCUCAUUUCGACUUCAACAAAUCGACAGCAGAAUGCCCAUCACCUCCUCCCUCCUAAAAUGGAGGAACUGCUGACUCCCUUUCUACAAUAUACAGAAAAGGACCGUCGGUCUGACGCGCCUGCUUUUUCGCUCGCUCUUCACGGUCCAGAAAGACUGUCACGCACAUCCCCAUACCUGUUUCAUGUGACCCUACAGCGGGUGGAUGAAGUUAGCGAUUACUGUGUCUUUGCAUGGUACCCGCAGACCCAUGGCUUUGCUACCUCAGACGGGUUUAUUCUCCUUCAACGUACCGCACAGGGCGGGCUGCACCAAGUCAAUCUCCCCGAGUAUACUAUACUCCCUCAACUAGAACAUGGGCACUUCUCCCCUUACAAUAUUCAUAAGCCCGGUAAUGUCAAGCAAUUUUACGAUGCUAUCCCCGACCGUCUUAUCCCAUACCUACAGACAGGCGAGCGAUAUGUACUCCUCUGCCCAGGUCAACAAUAUGACUCAUGGAAUUGGACCGAUAAAGCAGAAAAUUCUAAACUCGUCUUGCCAGGCGGGCCCUUUUUAUCCUUCAUAGUCGAGGACAAUGAGACCAUGCCGAUUAUGCCGACGUUGAUCUGCGGAGCGAAAGAAUGCUGUCCUACUCUGAUUGCAAAAGUCGAAUGUUGCCCUCAAGGCCAGGUGGCUUUACAGGAUGACCUCGUGCUUGCGACCCUUCAUGUGACAUACGUGCCAACAAGUGGUAGCGGUGGUAGGCCGUUUACUUUCAACACGGCAGGAUUGACCGUCGAGCUCUGGGUUUGGCGGGAUCGGUGGGUCAACCUGGAAGGGUUCGUCUGCGGCGGAGGAUGGGCAUUUGUCGAUGACCCAGAUAUGCAAGUCUCGCCAGGCCGUGAUAAUGGCUUUGCCAGUUUGCGGAACGUGGUCCGAGGUCUUGCGGCUUCACUUGCUCACGGACAUGGAGAGCAAUGA